AUGAGUGACGCUGCAUCUGCUGGCGCUGAGCCGCCCUCCAAGAAUGCGCUGAAGAAGGCGCAGAAAGAGAAAGAGAAGGCAGAGAAGAAGGCCGCAGCCAAAGCCCGCGAACUCGCUGAGCGUACCAAGAAAGAAGUCGACGACGGCGCCGACGUUUCCGCAGGCGCAUACGGCGAACUUCCCCUCAUUGGAUCCAGAGAGUACAAGCCUACGGGAACUCCGCGCACUGAGCUUACCGAUGUCGCCAACAACGAGGACAAGGAGAUUACAUUCAGGUGCUGGGUUGAGAAUGCAAGGGUGCAAUCUGCGAAGCUCGCUUUCUUGAACCUGCGACAAAACCUCAACACCGUGCAGGCUGUCGUUGCGGCCAGCGACAAGCUGAGCAAGCAGAUGGUCAAGUUCUGCGGCAACGUUAGCACCGAGAGCACACUCGUGGUUACGGGUAUAGUCAAGCGUGUGAAGGAGCCCAUAAAGAGUGCCAGUAUCACCGACUUCGAGAUUCAUGUCCAGAAGCUGUUCGUCGAGGCCAGUGCUGAGAUUCCGCUACCGCUUCAAGUGUCGGACGCGGAACGCCCCAUGCCAACUGAGACUGCUGCGGAAGAGGAUCAGAAAGAGGAGGAAGGUGGCGAGCGCCCACUCGUCAGUCUGAACACAAGGUUGAACAACCGGACGCUUGAUCUGCGAGCCAAGAUCAACCAAUCUAUCUUCGUCAUCAAGAGCGGUGUUUGCGCCUUGUUCCAGGAGUUCCUCUCGAAGAAGGGCUUUGUUCUGGUGCAUACUCCAAAGAUUCUUGGAGCUGCCUCUGAGGGAGGUGCUAAUGUCUUCGAGCUGAAGUACUUCGGUCGCCCCGCCUACCUUGCUCAGUCACCACAGUUCUACAAGCAAAUGUUGAUCGCCUCCCGCUUCCAAAAGGUCAUGGAGAUCGGUCCCGUGUUCCGCGCCGAGAACUCCAACACGGCCCGUCACUUGACCGAGUUCACUGGACUGGAUCUUGAGAUGGAAUUCCAGGAGAACUACCAUGAAGUCAUGAGUGUGCUGGAAGACCUCAUGCUCUUCAUCUUCAACGAGCUCAACGCACGGUACAAGAAAGAGACAGAACUUGUAAGAGGAGUGUAUCACGUCGAUGAGUUCAAGCUUCCUCAGUCCGGAAACGUUCCCAGAAUUCCUUUCCAAGAAGGUAUCAAGAUGCUGCGCGAAGCUGGUGAGGAGCUUGGAGACUACGACGAUCUGACAACACCUCAGGAGAAGAUGCUUGGCCGUCUUGUUCUCGAGAAGUACAACACCGACUUCUACACUCUGGACCAAUUCCCCCUUGCUAUCCGCCCCGCGUACACGAUGCCGUCACCCGCCGACCCUGCUCUCUCAAACUCUUAUGACAUGUUCAUGAGGGGUCAAGAGAUCUGCUCGGGUGCGCAGCGUAUCCAUCACUCAGAGCUGCUCGCAGAGCAGAUGCGCAAGCAUGAUCCCCCGAUUGAUCCCGCCGGUGCUGGAACCAAGGAUUACGUAGACUGCUUCAAGUACGGUUGCCCGCCGCACGCCGGAGGUGGUUUCGGCCUGGAGAGAAUUGUACAAUUCUGGCUCGGGUUGCCUAACAUCAGGAUGUGCAGCCUGUUCCCCCGAGACCCCCAGCGUGUUGUGCCCUAA